CGACAGUCCAUCCGCCCCUUCCCCCGCUCGGUUCUCUCCUCUCGUCCUUCCCCCCUGCCUACAGUACAGGCAGGAGUCCCCGGGAGCACGGCGUAAAACACAUCACACUGACAUCUGCGACUGAUUUACAACCGAGCGGGGAAAGAUGGAGCACAGAGACGCCGACUUCAACAUCAUGUUAGCGACCGAUUCAUACAAGGUAACACAUUACAAACAGUACCCCCCCAACACGAGUAAAGUGUACUCCUACUUCGAGUGCCGUGAGACGAGGACAGAUCCCACCAAAAGCAGAAAAGUCAAAUAUGACAAAACCGUCUUCUACGGCCUACAGUACAUCCUCAACAAAUACCUAAAAGGAAAGGUAGUGACUCCAGAGAAGAUCCAGGAGGCGAAGGAGGUAUACAGAGAACACUUCCAGGAUGAUGUUUUCAACGAGAAGGGGUGGACAUACAUUUUGGAGAAAUACAAUGGACACCUGCCUAUUGAGAUCAAGGCAGUGCCAGAGGGGAGUGUCAUUCCUCGAGGCAAUGUUUUGUUCACAGUGGAAAGCACAGACCCUGAAUGCUACUGGCUCACCAACUGGGUGGAGACCAUUCUGGUUCAGGUCUGGUACCCCAUCACUGUGGCGACCAACUCCAGAGAGCAGAAGAAGAUCCUCGCGAAGUACCUCCAGGAGACUUCUGGGAACUUGGAGGGACUAGCAUAUAAACUACAUGACUUUGGCUACAGGGGCGUCUCCUCACAAGAGACUGCAGGCAUUGGGGCCUCCGCCCAUCUGGUCAACUUCAAGGGCACAGACACGGUUGCUGGCAUCGGAGUCAUUAAGAAGUACUACGGCACCAAGGACCCUGUGCCAGGCUUCUCAGUGCCUGCUGCAGAGCACAGUACCAUCACAGCGUGGGGGAAGGACCAUGAAAAAGAUGCCUUUGAGCACAUCAUCAAGCAGUUUCCCAACGUGCCGGUAUCCAUAGUCAGCGACAGCUACGACAUCUAUAACGCCUGUGAGAAGAUCUGGGGAGAAGACCUACGGGGGCUGAUAGAGAUGCGCAGCGCGGAUGCCCCGCUGGUUGUCCGACCUGACUCAGGAAACCCUCUCGAUACAGUUUUGAAGGUUUUGGAGAUCCUGGGUAAGAAGUUUAUACCAGUGGAGAACUCUAAAGGUUAUAAGGUUCUCCCUCCUUACAUCAGAGUCAUACAAGGAGAUGGAGUUGAUAUCAACACACUGCAAGAGAUAGUGGAGGGAAUGAAGCAACACAAGUGGUCCAUUGAGAACAUUGCCUUCGGGUCCGGAGGGGCUCUGCUGCAGAAACUGACCAGAGAUCUGCUCAACUGCUCCUUCAAAUGCAGCUAUGUGGUCACUAAUGGACUGGGGGUGAAUGUGUUCAAGGACCCAGUGGCGGACCCCAACAAGAGGUCAAAGAAAGGUCGCCUGUCUCUGCAUCGGACACAGAGUGGAGACUUUGUCACCCUGGAGGAGGGCAAGGGCGACCUGGAGGAGUAUGGCGUGGACCUGCUGCACACAGUCUUUAAGAAUGGGAAGAUUGUGAAGACGUACACAUUUGAUGAAGUCAGAGACAAUGCUAAGCUCAAAGAGAGUGAGCUUGAAGAGCUGCUGCCCUGAACGCAGCACUGCUGAACCCCCACCUUCCACCCUAACCCCAAUUCCCCCCCCUUAACCCUUCACCUUUUGGCCUCUGACGUCACCUUGCCUCAGAAAAUGGAGGUAGUGUGCACUGCAAAUAGAUCCCAUUCCCAAAGCCUAAGAACCCCCCAAAAUGCUCCUAAAAACCUGAGAGUCCCCUUGAAAUUCACAGAAAUUCACCCUUCAGUUCCAAAACGCAGUUUUUGAUUCUCCAAGAGAGUGGGGAAUUUGGAAACUCACACACCGCUGAUGAACGGCGAAUAACCCCAUGAGUGUGAGGGGGGGGGAAAGAGAAAGAGAAGAAAAUGAACGAGAUGGUACAGUAAGCGUCAGGAAUAACAGACGUGUCGAGGGAGAGAAGCUGAGAUUAUGAUGAUAAACCGUGUGUUCACUUCCAUGUGCUGCUGCCCCAAAAUUGAACUUCGGCAUGUUGCACCGAUAGGCUAAGCAUAUCGCAACAGACCUUCCCAUGCUGACACAAAAGCAAAUCAGAUGAUUGUAGGUUUUUGAAUGAGCUCCCAGCGGCUGCAUGCGGAGUGAACCCACGGUGAGUCUGAGUGAGAAAGAUCAUGACAGAGAAAUAAGAAGCCACACCCACACCAAUGACCGUGCCCCGUGUAUUGUGUACAAAACUGUUUAGAAUACAUGUCUGAAUCUACUUAGCUUUGUCUUUUAUGUGAAGGAAGAAAAUAAUGAUUAUGGUAUAUGAUGGUGCACCGAUAACAUUGAUUGAUAACAGACAAUAAGUUGCUUCUACUUGGAAGCAGAAAAGAUCAUGAACAUCUAGACUGUAAUUAUGGGUGAUGAAGGAAUUCAUUUUCCCCAGUUUUCUUGAUUUUAAUCAGUAGUUAUGGCCCAAAUUAUAAUAUCUAUCAAGUACUACCUGAAUAUUUCAUACUUAUUUCGCCAAAUAAAAUGUUAUUGGUGCAUCUCUGAAGGUAUAUAAAUGAUCUCCUUGCCAUUAUGUUGCCCACAGAGCAUUCACAUCAUGAAGGCCCAAUUUUAAUGUUGUUGUUUUUUUAUAUAUUUCAGAUAGGUUUGUUUACAUAGGUGUAAACAGUGGAUUAUAUUGCUCUAGCAUUUAUGAAAAUAAUAAUAAAUGAGAAAAUUAUGAAAAGCCAGAGUCCUGAAGAAGCCCCAAAUCUUUACAAAAUGAAAUUGGCAAGAUCAGAUUUGAGUCAAAAGUUUCAGAUUGGGUCUUCAUGAUGGUGAAUGAAAACCAGUCUUUGCAGUGUAAUACCAAGAGAUGUAUAAAAAAAAAGAUACAUCACAGAAACUGGAAUGAUGAUGAUCUAACUAUGUUUGUGUUCAUGAAAGAUUACAUAUGUGGCUCUGGGGCUGAAAUGUAUGUUAAAUGUUGGUUCUGAUGUGUGUGUGUGUGUGUGCGUGUGUGUGUACUGACGUUUUCUUCCUUUUAAAGGAUUCUGUAGUAUUCCUUUAUGCAAAUGUGCUUGUUGAUGGGGAGGGGGGGAAUAGAGAACACUCUUCCUUUUACUUUGCUGGCCUUUUAUUCUGAAAGGAGACACAGCAUUGUGACAAACAGGGGGUGAUACAGUAGUGAGUGUGUUUUUCCUUUGGGCAAUGUAAAAGAGGCAGAAAGGAAAGACCCGGGAUCAGAAUUAACUUACUGAUAGCAAUGUGUUCUGGCCAUACUUUGGCAGUUGGCGGUGCACAGUUGCAGAUCAGCAAAACGUUGCCCUUUGUAUCACUGCCUUAACUCGUGAAAAACGGGUAAACUUCAACAGCGGUUUUUUGGGGAAAAGUGUUCAUUGCCCAGUUAUAAAUGGGAACUUGCUGAUGAUGCCUUUUGGAGUUAAUUAUCUUCCCAUUCAGAGCAUCGUAGUGGAGUGUCACUCCUGUUUGUAGGUGUGUUUAGUCGCAUUGCUGAGUUGGCCCUUUCAGAGUGAAGGGAUUUUUUUAAAGGAGCUAGGAGCUGGUGACAUCACAGGAAACAGAUAGUUUGAUAAGACCAGAAGCAAAUAUCUGACAGAAUUUUUCCCAUACGUUUUGGUAAAAUAUAGAAACACUGCCUGUGUGUGUGUGUGUGUGUGUGUGUGUGUGUAUAUAUAUAUAUAUAUAUAUAUAUAUAUAUAUAUAUAUAUAUAUAUAUAUAUAUAUAUAUAUAUAUAAGCAUAUGAUAUGACAUGAUGGCAAAGUCAGUCAGUCCACACUUUGGUCCAGACUGAAAUAUCUCAACAACUAUUGAAUGGAUUGCUGUAAACUUUUGUACCAAAUGUUGUACUUUGGUUUAUUAACAAAUACCUGCAAAACUUAUGACAUUCCCAUCAGCCUCAACUGUAUUUUGUGCGUUUAGUGCUAAUUAGCAAAAUGUUAACACGCUAAACUAAGAUGGUAAACAUGGUCAAUACUAUACCUGCUAGACAUCAGCAUGUUAGCAUGCUGACAUUAGCAUUUAUCUCAAAGUACAGCCUCGCCGAGCUGCUAGCAUAGCUGUAGACUGCCUUGUUAAAAUUGAUAAAACUCCAGGUAAUUGUUUAUUCACUGUCUGCACGCUCUUUUCAAACACUCAGCUGCUUCACAAUCAUAGCUGCACGUUUCUCACCUGGGAGCUGCCCGCUGCUACCACAGCCCACUAAGUGUUUGCCACUGAGCAGCUUCACUCGAGCUAUUAGCGCUUCAGUGACCUUCCCCAUGGACACGGACCCGGCAAGUCUUCUGUGAUUUUUAGGAAAGACCUCGAAGAAACCUGUGAUGUCACUGACUCCCAUCUCCCACUUCUGGCUCAGACCAACCUGCUCAAACACAGACAAGCUGGCAAACAACCCAGCUACUGUAGUCUGCUGAAACAAUGUCACACUCUUUUUUUCUUUAUUUUCCUUCUGUUUUUUGCACCUGUCACUACGGUUAUCUGUCAAAUCAUUUGUUAUUCACUUUUUCUGGAGUAACAACACAGUUUUUAUUUUUUCCAAUUAUGGGGUGCAUUUUAGUAAAACUCUGAUUUCACUAUUUUGAUACUGUCUCAGUUCUUGCCUCAGAGAAAUAUUAUUUUGUAUGACAAAGGAGGAAAAUAUGCCCGAAUUAUUGCAGUAAAUAUCCUUAUUCCCGAACGAUGCGGCCAUACUGCCUUCUCACUUGUACAUACAGCAACUAGUUUAACUGAAAGCAGAGAGGGCAGGUUAGUGAGACGACCACACUAGAUAAUAUUAUUAUUUUUGUCAGAACGACUGUUUUUGUACCAACAGAAGAAUAUCCAAAACUGUCUGAAUUGGCAGUGUGACUGUUUUUUGUGACUGUCAGGCUUUUAGCUUCUCUCUGUGUGUGUGUGUGUGUGUGUGUGUGUGUGUGUGUGUGUGUGUGUGUGUGUGUGUGUGUGUGUGUGUGUCCUGUGCGAAUGCCUUGUGUAAUGGAUGAAAAGUGUUUGUGAAUACUUUUUUUUCUUUAUGUUGUUGUUGUUUUACUCGUAUGUAUAUGUUGGUUGUCCCAAAUUCUCUCCCAACACAACUGAUAUUUGAACUAAUAUAACUUGCUAUAUUGUCAACAAUACAUUUAUUAAAGAUGCCACCCUGUCAGUUUGAAA